AUGCACAAUAGAGGAGCAUUCGACAACGGCACCUUUUGCAACGGCUGGUUUCUCGACGCCAUCUUUGCUAACCUGCCGCGUGAGCGCCUUUGCCGAAGAUCUGGCGGCCGGUGGGAGCGUCUCGAGACGUGGAUCCGUACAAGAGGCGACGGACAAGGGCGAGGAGUCGUCUUCUUCCACCACAAUGUCCAGCGCUGGCAUGUUUCGGCCUCUGGAAUCCCAUGCUGCAGCCAUGAUCAGCCAGGAUAG